AUGGAGAUAGAGAGUGACCCUGAAGAUACGGACGUACAAGAGACCACAAAUUUUCCUUCUGACCUGGGUCUGACGAUGGACCAGGAAUACUUGACGAUUCUACCAGACCCACCUUCUGAGAGGAACCACCACGACAAUCCCCAGAUGAUUAACGAUGACGUUUUUGUCGAUGCUUAUAAGUUGAACAACGCGGCCAAAUCGGACGUAGACUCGUUGGACGAUGACCGAAAAGUAUACUCCGAAAUAUUGGCCAGUGACCACACCUUGGCCAAUGACCACACCUUGGCCAAUGACCACACCUUGGACCCUCAGAAGUUGGCCAGUGCCAGAAGUCUAGAACCGACGUACCGGUACAAAAAGUUCAUGUACGAGACGGCCAACUUCCCCCACCCGCCAUCUGUUGGAGAAAACACGAGCACAAAAGAUGAGUACAUGAAAUACAUGCUCGACAAAACAAACUUCCCCGUCUACCACACGGAGGGCAGGAGGAGUAGGAGAAACUUUUCCGGUGACGUCAUAGAAUCCGACAUGUUUAACCAAAUAAGCUUCACUAGAGAACGAUGCUGUCUACAAACCCUGUGUGAAAAAAUUCUCCUCUUCCUGUUGCUGUUGUCCCUAGCAGCGUUGGUUGCUGUUGUCGUGACGCUGAUUGUUAUGAAGACGUCUCAGUACAAGUACGGAAGUUUCAUGGCUCAAGCCGGAUGUGCCAAUGGCGUUAUGGAUAUGACAACCCCAAGUACUAGCACCCAAAAUCCAACGGCACCCCAGCAAAAUGCUGAAGCACCUAUCACUAAACAAGAUAUUUGUUUGUCGACGGACUGCGUGGAGGCAGCUGCCCGAAUCAAUCAGGCCAUCGAUUACACCGUGGCACCGUGUGACGACUUCUACCAGUUCGCCUGUGGUCGCUGGCUCAAGACCAACGUCCUUCCUGACGACAAGUUCAGCUCAACAACCCUCGACCGCCUCGUGUCGGAGGUGGAGAUUAUCAUCAAAAAUUUGCUUGAAGAGCCUUACAGACCAACGGACACCAGUAGCAUGAAAAAGGCCAAAGAUUUCUAUGCUUCAUGUAUGAAGACAGAUGUAAUCACCGCCCGGGGUGUCAAACCUCUGCUAGCCCUAAUGUCCAGCCUAAUGGGAGGGUCACCUUUGACCAACGCCACCUGGAGUGAGACGACCUUUGACUUUGAUGAGGCCCUGUAUAAUGUGAACCUGUACAGCAGCUUCCUGGUUGUGGCAGCCUACGCCAGCAAUGGUCCGCUCAACAUAUCCCGUCAGAUGAUCAUUAUCGACCAGCCUAGCCUGUCCCUGCCCUCUAGAGAGUACUACCUGCUGGGACGGACCAGCGCCCCCCUUGUUGCUCUAGAGAACAUGUUCUACGGCUUCAGCAGACUGAUGGGGUUGGCAGACGACAGCACGGCCCGAGCAGACAUCGCUGAUGUCGUCACAUUUGAGGUCCAGCUGGCAAACAUCUCAAUGACAGCCCUAGAGAGACGUGACGCCUACAACCUGAUCAACCCGACAACCCUGGGAAAACUUCAGGAGAAAUAUGGCCAGAUCCUAAACUGGACAAGAUACUUCCAGAAGACGCUGAGUGACCCAUGUAUUGGCAUCACGGAUGUAGGAGCAGACGAAGAGGUCAACAUCCGGGCCAUCAAAUAUCUGGACAAGCUGGUUGUGUUGAUGAACCAGACGUCAAGAAGUUAA